AUGCUGUCGUUUUCGAAUCACGGCGUGUUGUCGCUGGCGGUCUUGUCUCUUCUUACAUCUUGUACCACGGCGGCAGUGUUUGAACGACUCGCCGCUGUUCCGGAGGGAUGGCAUUAUUCUCGGACCCCCCGUGCUAGCCAGCCCAUCAAAUUGCAGGUGGCAUUGGCACAAGGUGAUGUUCCUGGAUUCGAGCAGGCCUUGAUGGACAUGUCUACUCCCGAUCACCCGAAAUACGGCAAACAUUUUCGCACGCACGAUGAAAUGAAACGUAUGCUGCAGCCCAGUGCUGCAUCAGUGGAUGCCGUUCGAGAAUGGCUGGUGGAUGCUGGCAUCACAAACAUCGAGCAAGAUGCCGAUUGGAUGAAGUUCUUCACAACUGUGGAGACGGCCAAUAAGCUGCUGGACGCCAACUUCCAGUACUAUAUCAGCAAUGGGAAACACGUGGAAAGUCUUCGUACUCUGGAGUAUUCCGUUCCGGAUGCUCUGGUUGAUCAUAUCAACAUGGUUACUCCUACCGUUCGCUUUGGCCAGAUGCAUGCCAACCGUGCGACAAUCCACGGGAAGAAGAAAGCUGCCAAUGAGGCUUUCCGCAAGGCCUCUCACUAUGUUAGCACUGAUUGCAAUAGUGCUAUCACACCGCAGUGUUUAAAGGACCUGUACUCUGUCGGCGAUUAUAAGGCCCAGUCUGACAACGGCAACUCUAUCGCCUUUGCUAGCUACUUGGAACAGUAUGCUCGGUACUCGGAUCUUGCCCUGUUCGAGCAGAAUAUCGCCCCCUAUGCCAUUGGCCAGAACUUCAGUGUGAUCCAGUACAACGGUGGUGGAAAUGAUCAGACCUCCCCCAAAGACGGCAGCGAGGCCAACCUAGACCUCCAGUACAUCGUUGGGGUAAGCUCACCAGUCCCCGUCACAGAGUUCAGCACAGGUGGCCGUGCCCCUCUAGUCCCAGACCUGGACCAGCCCAAUGCAAGCGACGACGAGAAUGAGCCAUACCUCGAUUUCCUGCAAAGCAUCGUCAAGAUGGAUGACGCUGAUCUGCCACGCGUACUUUCCAACUCCUACGGUGAAGACGAACAGAGCGUGACUGCAAAAUACGCCCAGAGCGUCUGCAACCUCUACGCCCAACUCGGCAGCCGCGGCGUCUCAGUUAUCUUCUCCUCUGGUGACUCUGGCUUCCCAGCCUCUUGUCCCUGGGUUACAUCUGUUGGAGGAACAACACAAACUUCCCCGGAGAAGGCUGUGCUUUUUUCCUCGGGUGGGUUCUCUGAUCUGUGGGACCGUCCUUCUUGGCAAGAUGCUGCUGUCAGCGCCUAUCUUACUACUCUGGGAUCUCAGUGGUCCGGUCUAUUCAACCCUAACGGUCGUGCCUUCCCCGAUGUUGCGGCGCAAGGUCAGAACUACGCUAUCUACGAGCAUGGAUCACUCAACUCUGUGGAUGGUACCUCCUGCGCUGCACCCGCGUUCGCGGGUAUCAUCGCUCUCGUCAACGAUGCCCUCAUCGAAGCUGGCAAGCCUACUUUGGGAUUCCUCAACCCAUGGUUGUACUCCAGUGGCCGCUCAGCACUAAAUGACAUCACCACGGGUGGAAGCACUGGCUGCGAUGGAAAAUCUCGUUUCGGUGGUGCCCCGAACGGCGGCCCUGUCGUUCCUUAUGCUAGCUGGAACGCUACCACAGGAUGGGAUCCUGUCACUGGACUUGGGACACCGAACUUUGCUAAGAUGUUGGUAGCUGCUGGAGUGAAUUGA